AUGCAACGUGGCAGAGCGUCGCGUCGCGAUAAUAAUAGGGUAGUAUUCGAACGUUUGUGGCGAGGCACUUUCCAAGCGGUACUCGCUGGUCCGCAUCGGCGGCCGCGCGCCUCAUCCCACGACCCCAACCCGGAUCUGACAAUCGAACCCCUACAAAGCACCUCCGCCAUGCAUGACCCGCUAGAGCCCGCCCUCAGAACUAUACUGCAAGGGCUCAGGAGCUGUUGUUGUCGAUGCAAUUGCAUGCAAAAUCGCAACAAUCCUAACAACAAUUUGCAGGUCUGUCUCUCCAAUGCGGAGGAGAGGAAGUCCAUGCGAUCUGUCAUAAGCGUGCGCGAAACUCACGCGGUCGCUGAGGCGCAACAAGAGAAGAAUGCACGACUUAGGAACGCUUUUGGUAUAUCGCCGCGUUUCGUGGAGGGAACCAGCUUGGAUCCUGAGAGGAGGGCUAGGGAUGAGGCCCAGAGAUACCCUCUGGUGAGGACUCCGAGUCAUGAGCGGGAAGAACGGGACACUCAUGUGAAUAAGAAGAAGAAAAAGAGAAGCGCAUCGCCAGAAGUAAAAAAAUCCAAGAAGAAAAAGUCAAAGAAGAACAAGAAGGAGAACCAGGUGACGCUACAAUUAACCAAAAGACAAGAAUCUAGCAAGAAAAAGAAGAAACGAUCCAAGUCACCGAACACAGAAAGCUCUAGCAGUUCCGAAGACAGCGACUCGAGCUCGGAAGAUGAACGUCAAAAGAAAAAAAAGAAAAAGUCGAGUAGCAGACGACGAGCCAGCAGUGCGCCAUCCAGCCGUGAAAGCUCCCCAGCAAAACAAGUUAAAGAAAAGCAGGUGAAUCGUCCAAUAGAGCAGCAGGAAAAUGAUUUUCGUAAAAAGAACAGAGACCGUGAAGAGCGCAAUCAUAGAUAUGAUGAUUCAAUUAGAAAUUCAAGGCAAAACGAUUUUGUCAGGCGUAGAGAUGAAGACAGACGGUCAGUAGAUAGAAAGUCACCCCCAGAAUAUAGAAGGGAGAAACGUAAACCUUCGCCGUACAAGCAAAAGUCGUUUGUAAGCAAGGAAAGGAGAGAGCCUUCCAGAGAUGCUGAAAGACCAAAAGCGUCUAAAUCUAAACAUGAUCGACAAAGAUCUCGGUCACAAUCCGACGCAGAAGAACCAACGUCAAGAAAAUAUGAGAAAAGGAGACGACAAACCAGCGAGUCGCCUAUUCCUGAAAAAAGACGACGAAAAAGUCCCUCUCCUGCCAAAAAACGUGAAGAAACUUACUAUAACAGAAUAGAAAAACCUAAAGAUGACGUACGGCAAUAUAAAGAAAGUAAAAGACCAAGGAGAAGUGAAUCACCCGACUACAGAAGUAAACGUCAAGAAGAGUACAGAAGAAAUGAGGAUGAAUAUGACAAACGUAAUAGAACUGACAGUGAGAGAUAUUAUAAAGAAAGCUACGAAUCUAGGCGAAGAAAGAAUAGCAUGCCUAGGGAUAGGUCUGAGCCUUCCAAAGAAUAUAGGGAACGCUCUCCAGCCUACAAGCCUAAAAGAGACUCGAGAAGAGAACCAGAGAGAUAUUACAAGAAUUUCAGACCGGAAUCUUCAGAAUCUGAGACAGAAGCUCCGAAAAAGCAAACAGACAAGUUAGCUAACAAUAAAACAAGAUAUAACAAAGAAAGGAAUGAAUCUCCAAUAAAAGGUAAAAGAAGACGGAGCCCCUCAAGGUCUCAAGAGAGACCGACAAAGUCUGAUAGAAAUGAAUCGCCAGAACGGAGACCUGUUUCAAGAAAAGAUAGUAACAAACCGAGUGCUAAACCUGUCGAAGACAUGAGAGAAAAAAGCAAAUCGAAAAGAAAAUCACCCACACCUGAAGAUAGACAGCGACGUAGAAAGUCACGGAGCAAAACAAAAUCUUCCUCGCCAGAUCGUAAAAACUCGAAGAAAGAAAAGCAAAAGAGCAGCACGCCAAACAUAAAGUCUAAGAAGAGUUCAGAGAGGCGAACUCUAUCUCCUCGACCAGAGCAAAAAGAUAAAAGCGAGAGAGACAAAAGCGAUAGAGAAAGAAGUCGGAAAGAAUCUCAUAAAGAUCGCAGUCGCAGUACAUCCAGUCUCAGCUACUCACCAGCUCGUCGAAGUCCUGAGAGAUAUCGCGAUAUUAUAGAAAAAUUACCAGAAAAAGAUAAAAGGAAAUACAUCAAAUCACCAUCAGAUCUUCAACCUAAAAAGAGGAAAAACAAAGAUGUACCGGAUAAAUACAAACCCAAGGCGGUUUGUAUGAGAAGUUCCUCGAGUGAGAACGACGACUCUGAGGAUGACUUUCUAAAAAUACAUGACAGGGCUCGGCAAGAUGACUUGGAUUUAAAAGAGUUGAAUAAAUUAAAGGAAAAUCUAGCUCAAAUGGCAAGAGCGACGUUAGAAAAAAAGAGAAACGAGAAGCUGAAUCCAUGUCCUGUAAAAGCUGGUCCAUCAACAUCCCAAGUCUCCGUUUCGCAUGAAAUUAUUCUAGACGAAGUUACCUCUAAGAGCGAUAGUCCAAUAGUUGUAGUUGAGAAAGAAAAAUCUCCAAUAGUUACCAAAAGUCCCAAGAAAGUGGAAACUCCUAAAAAGGAUAGUCCAGUGAAUGUGGAGAGUUCGCCUGAAGUCAAGAAGAGAGAUAGGAGUGGAUCGAGACGAAGUUGGUCUCGAUCGACGUCCCGUCGGUCACAAACACGAUCGAAGUCCCGGUCACGAUCGCGAGGCAAGUCAUCCCGGUCACGGUCACGGUCUAGGUCCAGAUCGCGGUCACGAUCUAGAUCGACACGUUCGCGAUCUCGAUCUUACUCGUCUUCAAGGCGGUCCCGGUCAAGUCGUUCCAGCUCAUACAGCAGCCGAAGCUCGUCUAGAUCAUCCCGUAGCUCAUCUCGGUCUACGCGUUCUUCAAGAACAAUGACGGGCGUGUACGCCGAUUACCGUAGAUCGAGCGCGUCGCGGUCUCGCUCGCCGUCCAUACCGCGGCGCGCGGGCUCGCCCAGCUUCCUAGACAGGAGGCGCAUCACGAGUGCUCGAAAACGACCGAUUCCCUACCGCCGACCGACUCCGUCUACACCUUCCACCGGGAGUUACUACAGCAGUGCAUCUUCGCCAAGAAGUUGGUCUAGAAGCCCUAGACCUGAACGUGAU